UUUCAGUGUGGGCAGGAGAAACUGUCUUUUCUCUCUUUUCUUUCUCAUUCUUUUUUUCCCUCCUGCUUUAUCUCCUCCCUUUUUCCCGUCUCUCCUCCUGGCUUUUCUUUUUAUUUAUUUUUUAUUUGUCUUUAAAUCCUUUUAUAUUAGAAAUGAUUUCCUUUGGCAUAACCCACAGCCUCACCAAGCUGACCGGAGAAACCAUGAAUUAAGUCAAGUAUUUUCUGCAGAGAAAUGUGUUCGGAUGGUAUUAAAGAUGCUAGGAUUAAGCUCCUGCUCCACCAGUGCUCACACGCUUGACGAGCCUGACCAUUCCAGCCCUCUAGGAAUAUCUACUUUAAAUGCCGACACUCAUAGGUAUGUCCUGGCCCUGCCAGAGGUGGAGACUUGGCGAAAGCAUCGACUGGGUUUAACCCAAGCUACUCACUCUUGCAACCUUUUGGAACCAGACACUAUUUCGGAGACUUUGGUGUCACGCACAGCAAGUUACGAUGCCUUGUACGAUCUCCGUGCGCAGGAGGCGGAGACUAACUUUCCUUUUGAAGGGCAUAGCAUGUUCGAGGUGACCACUGGAGGAGACUCUGACUUUCCAUUGAGCCCUCAUGUCAUAAAGAGAAGAAGAGGAGGCUUGAUAGAACAGAAGGAUAUCAUAAAAGCUCACGAGGCCCACAAGAUGCAAAGCACGCCCCAAGCCCGGCGGAAAGAAUGGGAGAUGGCUCGUUUUGGAGAGGCGGUGGCUGGGAGAUUGGGGUCCGGAGAUGGAGGAUCAGAAAGGAGCAAGACUCUCCAAGGGUCCCCAGCUGCCCAAAUGGGGACCCAGGCAGCUUUCAAGCAAUCCAAAGCCCAAAGGGCAAGGACCAUGGCUUUAUAUAACCCCAUCCCUGUCCGGCAGAAUUGCUUCACAGUGAACAGGUCAUUAUUCAUCUUUGGAGAAGACAACAUCAUUAGGAAAUAUGCUAAGAAGCUCAUCGACUGGCCUCCAUUUGAAUACAUGAUCCUUGCCACAAUUAUCGCUAACUGCAUUGUCCUCGCACUGGAGCAGCAUCUUCCUGGAGACGACAAGACACCUAUGUCUCGUAGAUUGGAAAAAACCGAACCCUAUUUUAUAGGUAUAUUUUGCUUUGAAGCUGGAAUUAAAAUUGUUGCUCUGGGACUGGUGUUCCACAAAGGUUCUUACCUCCGGAACGGCUGGAACGUUAUGGACUUUAUUGUAGUACUUAGUGGCAUUUUGGCCACGGCAGGUACUCACUUCAAUACUCACAUAGACCUGCGUACUUUGCGGGCAGUACGUGUGCUCAGGCCACUGAAACUGGUCUCUGGAAUCCCAAGUUUACAAAUUGUUUUGAAAUCCAUAAUGAAGGCCAUGGUCCCUCUGCUUCAGAUCGGAUUGCUGCUUUUUUUUGCCAUUCUUAUGUUUGCAAUUAUUGGACUUGAGUUUUAUAGCGGCAAACUGCACAAGGCCUGUUACAGGAACCAGUCAGCAUGGGAAGCAAUGGAUCCUCCUCGUCCCUGUGGAGUACCUAGAUGUCCAGAUGGAUAUGCGUGUAAGGAAUGGAUUGGACCCAAUGAUGGAAUUACUCAGUUUGACAACAUCUUAUUUGCGGUGCUGACCGUCUUCCAAUGUAUAACCAUGGAGGGCUGGACCACAGUGCUGUACAAUACCAAUGAUGCCUUAGGACCCACCUGGAACUGGCUGUACUUUAUUCCUCUUAUUAUUAUUGGAUCUUUUUUUGUCCUCAAUCUAGUUCUUGGUGUUCUGUCUGGUGAAUUUGCCAAAGAAAGAGAGCGUGUGGAGAACCGACGGGCUUUCAUGAAGUUGCGCAGGCAGCAGCAGAUUGAGAGAGAACUAAACGGGUAUCGGGCUUGGAUAGAUAAAGCUGAGGAAGUUAUGUUAGCUGAAGAAAAUAAAAAUUCUGGUACUUCUGCUUUAGAAGUUCUCAGGAGAGCAACAAUUAAGCGAAGUAGAACAGAAGCCAUGAACCGAGACACAAAUGAGGACCAUUGUGUUGACAUAUCUUCUGUUGGCACUCCUCUUGCAAGAGCUAGUAUUAAAAGUAACAAAAUGGAUGGUGCAUCUUAUUUUCGUCACAAAGAACGACUCUUACGUAUAUCCAUACGCCAUAUGAUCAAAUCUCAAGUUUUCUACUGGAUGGUCUUAACAGUGGUAGCCCUUAACACUGCCUGUGUGGCCAUUGUUCACCAUGACCAAGCUUAUUGGCUCUCAAACAUUCUAUACUAUGCAGAAUUCCUGUUUCUUGGAUUAUUUUUGGUGGAGAUGUCUCUUAAGAUGUAUGGGAUGGGACCUCGCCUCUACUUCCACUCAUCAUUUAAUUGUUUCGACUGUGGGGUCACAAUUGGAAGUAUAUUUGAAGUCCUUUGGGCCAUAUUUAGACCCGGGACAUCUUUUGGCAUUAGUGUCUUAAGAGCUCUGCGGCUUUUAAGGAUAUUUAAAAUAACCAAAUACUGGGCCUCUUUGAGGAACUUGGUGGUGUCUUUGAUGAAUUCCAUGAAGUCAAUUAUCAGCCUGCUCUUCCUCCUAUUCCUCUUCAUUGUUGUGUUUGCACUGCUUGGAAUGCAGCUGUAUGGUGGCAGAUUUAAUUUCAAUGAUGGCACCCCUUCUGCAAACUUUGAUACAUUUCCUGCAGCCAUUAUGACGGUCUUUCAGAUUUUAACUGGAGAAGAUUGGAAUGAGGUGAUGUACAAUGGUAUCCGGUCACAGGGGGGAGUCAGUUCUGGAAUGUGGUCUUCCAUUUAUUUCAUCGUCCUCACGCUAUUUGGAAACUACACACUUCUCAAUGUAUUUCUUGCCAUUGCUGUGGAUAAUUUGGCCAAUGCACAGGAGCUGACCAAGGAUGAGCAAGAAGAAGAGGAGGCGUUUAACCAAAAACAUGCCCUUCAAAAAGCCAAGGAGGUCAGCCCUAUGUCUGCACCUAAUGCAUCAUCUGUUGAGAAUGAUCGCAGAAAACGGCAUAAAAUGUCCAUUUGGGAGCAACGUACAAGCCAGCUAAGGAGGCACAUACAGAUGUCCAGUCAGGAAGCUCUGCAGAAUGAAGAGCUGGCAGCAUUGAACCCUCAUUCUAGUAUAUAUCGUAAGGCCAAAGGAUUAGAGGAGUCAGCAGGAGAAAAAGUAGAUGGACAAGAAGAAAAACUGGGAGUCAAUCCCGGUGAGAGUGGCAUUACCGGUGAAGAAAGCCCUUCUCACAGAAAUCUCAGGGAACACUGGAAACAGAGAUCUAAACAUGGGAAUGCUGAAAAUGCAGAACAGAAUGGUACAACACCCGAAGAUGCCAUGAAGAGGAGGCAGAGCCAGAGAAGAAGCCGUCACAAAAAAGUUAGAACCGAGGGCCGAGAAACAUCCAGCACACCUAACAGCACCACGACUAGUCAGGAGGGUGGACUCGACAAAGAGAAUAUGGGGGAUGCAAAAAUACAUACUGAGGAAAAAAGCAAUGGGGAAGCUAAGGAGGUGCAAGGAUCUGAAGAGGAGCCAACCAAGAGUUGCAUGAGACACUGUGAAGAGAGAAAUGACAGGACAGUGGGAUGUGAGGGCACUGGUCCCAACACUGCUCCUUUGCAGGAAAUGAACCAUGGGAAGAAUGGCAGCCCCCCAGACAUGGAUUGCAGUGAGCAGGCCUUACUGGGCAGUAUGCAAAGUCAAGAGGAAAGCCCCAAUCCCACCAGCUGUAGCUUGGCUGAUGUGUCUAGUAGCACUGAGAGAAUCACAGAGAGCACAGUGAUCACCAUACCAGAUGCUGGGAUGCCUUCCGACUGCACCGUGGUACAGACAAAUGAAGAAAGAGAUGGAGAGGUUUCUCUUGUAUCUCAGGAACAUGGAAAGGAUGAUGAGGAACCUGAGGAUGGAGAAGAAAGGACAGUGAAAAGAAAGGAAAAACUUUUAGAGUCCCCCAAAGCCAUUGUGCCAUACAGUUCAAUGCUUAUCUUCAGCUCUACCAACCCGAUAAGAAAAGUAUGUCACUACAUUGUGAACCUGCGAUAUUUUGAGAUGAGCAUCUUACUUGUGAUUGCUGCGAGCAGUAUAGCUUUAGCGGCCGAAGACCCUGUGUUGACUAACUCUGAUCACAACAAGGUUCUUCGAUACUUUGAUUAUGUUUUCACUGGAGUCUUCACCUUUGAGAUGGUUAUUAAAAUGAUAGAUCAAGGUAUAAUUCUCCAUGAAGGCUCGUAUUUCCGUGACCUCUGGAACAUCUUGGAUUUUGUGGUAGUAGUGGGGGCCCUGGUGGCUUUUGCCUUGGCGAAUGUCUUGGGGACUAACAAAGGCCGGGACAUCAAAACAAUUAAGUCUCUGCGCGUUCUGCGAGUGCUGCGUCCGCUCAAAACCAUCAAGCGUCUCCCAAAGCUGAAGGCAGUGUUUGAUUGUGUGGUUACCUCUUUGAAGAACGUCUUUAACAUCCUCAUCGUGUACAAACUCUUCAUGUUUAUAUUCGCUGUCAUCGCUGUUCAACUCUUCAAGGGCAAGUUCUUCUAUUGCACAGACAGCUCAAAGGAUACAGAGAAAGAAUGCAUAGGAAGUUACAUAGACCAUGAGAAAAACAAGAUGGAAGUAAAACGGAGAGAGUGGAAGAGACAUGAGUUCCACUAUGACAACAUCAUAUGGGCCCUGCUUACCCUCUUCACAGUGUCCACAGGGGAGGGAUGGCCUCAAGUUCUGCAGCAUUCUGUGGAUGUGACUGAAGAAGAUCGAGGCCCAAGCCGGAGCAACCGCAUGGAGAUGUCCAUUUUCUACGUCGUCUACUUUGUAGUUUUCCCUUUCUUUUUUGUCAAUAUUUUUGUGGCUCUUAUCAUCAUCACCUUUCAGGAGCAAGGAGAUAAGAUGAUGGAGGAAUGUCGGCUUGAAAAGAAUGAGAGAGCCUGCAUCGACUUUGCUAUAAGUGCCAAGCCUCUUACCCGCUACAUGCCGCAGAACCGCCAUACGUUUCAGUACCGCGUGUGGCAUUUUGUGGUCUCUCCAUCAUUUGAAUACACCAUCAUGGCUAUGAUUGCCCUCAACACUGUGGUGCUUAUGAUGAAGUAUUACUCGGCUCCAUACACGUACGAGCUGGCAUUAAAAUACCUGAACAUUGCCUUUACUAUGCUAUUUUCUCUGGAGUGCAUCCUGAAAAUUAUUGCGUUUGGAUUCUUGAAUUAUUUCAGAGACACCUGGAAUAUUUUUGACUUUAUUACGGUAAUCGGCAGCAUCACGGAGAUCAUUCUUACCGACAGUAAGUUGGUGAACACAAGCAGCUUUAAUAUGAGUUUCCUGAAGCUGUUUCGAGCUGCUCGACUGAUAAAGCUUCUCCGGCAGGGUUACACGAUUCGGAUUCUAUUAUGGACUUUUGUCCAGUCUUUCAAGGCCCUACCUUACGUCUGUCUAUUGAUUGCUAUGCUUUUCUUCAUCUAUGCCAUUAUUGGAAUGCAGGUAUUUGGAAACAUCCGUCUAGAAGAAGACAGCCACAUCAACAGACACAACAACUUUAGGAGUUUCUUCAGUUCUCUAAUGCUCCUCUUCAGGAGUGCCACAGGUGAAGCCUGGCAGGAGAUCAUGUUGUCGUGUCUUGGUGAUAAGGGUUGUGAACCAGACACUAGUGCAGCCUCUGGGCACAAUGAGAAUGAACGUUGUGGGACUGACUUGGCCUAUGUCUAUUUUGUUUCCUUCAUCUUCUUUUGCUCAUUUCUGAUGUUAAAUCUAUUUGUUGCUGUCAUAAUGGACAACUUUGAAUACUUGACAAGAGACUCUUCCAUCUUGGGUCCGCAUCAUCUGGAUGAGUUUGUUCGGAUCUGGGCUGAAUAUGACAGAGCAGCAUGUGGCCGUAUCCAUUAUACAGAGAUGUAUGACAUGCUGACUCUCAUGUCACCGCCAUUAGGCCUUGGAAAAAGAUGUCCCAAUAAAGUGGCUUAUAAGAGAUUGGUGCUGAUGAAUAUGCCAGUAACAGAGGAUAUGACAGUGCAUUUCACAUCCACCCUUAUGGCUCUAAUCCGGACAGCACUGGAUGUCAAAAUAGCCAAAGGUGGAGCUGACCGACAACAACUGGAUGCAGAGCUGCAAAAAGAAAUCCUGGCAAUUUGGCCAAAUCUGUCUCAAAAGAUGUUGGACCUACUUGUGCCCAUGCCAAGAUCCACUGACCUGACCGUGGGCAAGAUUUAUGCUGCUAUGAUGAUCAUGGACUAUUAUAAGCAGAGUAAAGCAAAGAAACAGAGACAACAGCUGGAGGAACAGAAAAAUGCGCCAAUGUUUCAGAGAAUGGAAGCAUCAUCAUUACCCGAGGAGAUCUUAUCCAAUGCCAAAGCAUUACCGUACCUCCAGCAGGAUACUCUGUCGGGCCUGGGCGCCUUCCCGUCACUCAGUCCCUUGUCCCCUGAAGAAAUAUUUCAACCACCGUGUCUGGACAGAGAUGAUGAAGACUUUGAAGAGCAGCUGUCUCUGGUCCUAUCUGAUGUCAACUCCAUGAGACGUUCAUUCUCCACAACAGCGGAUAAACGUGCACGUAGCUCCUGGCUAGAAGACUUCACUUUAGAUAGAAGUGGUUUAGAUAGUGGGUACAAGCAGCAGCGUCGCAGCUACCAUGCUUCUCUAAGACUAUCCACUCAUCGACUCAAUACAGAUACAGGCCAUCGAUUAGACUCUCACCGUUCAGGAGGAAGAGAGAGGGGUCGAUCUAAGGAAAGGAAGCACCUUUUAUCUCCAGAUCCUUCACGUUGUAAUUCAGAGGAGAGAAACCCCCAAGCUGCAUGUGAGCAUAGGGAUCACCAGCUAUCACCUGGUCAUACCCAUAGCACUGUGCAGAUCCUUGACUCAUUGAAUGAAAUUUGCAUUCCUUCUGACACCAGCACCCCAAGACGUGGGCGACGCCAACUUCCUUCUGUGCCUGCAACCCCAAGACCUCUUAUUUCCUUUUCUUCUUUAAUCCGUCGACAGAAACACAGCUCACCUCCACGCAAUGGCAACGAUGAUAUACCACCUCUUCCUAGUGAACCAGGCCUGAGCGAGUCUUCCUGCUCCCUCCAGGGGCAUCACAGCUCUCAGUCAACUCCUCAGCACUAUAUCUCAGAGCCAUAUUUGGCCCUACACGAGGAGAUGCAAAGCUCAGACUGUCCAACUGAGGACACACUCACCUUUGAGGUUGCUGUGGCUACCAGUCUAGGUCGUUCUAACACCAUUGGUGGUGCUCCAUUACGACAAGGAUGGCAGAUGCCCAAUGGUCACUAUCGUCGUAGAAGAAAGGGAGGAAUACCACCUGUGAUAGCCUCUCGUGAAUUAAGUGACACAGAAGAGGAUGAUCGUUGUUAAAUGAAGGUGGGGCAUGCUUGCUGCACAACAGCAGAUAUUAUUUCAAUGGCCCCUCCAUCGCAUCUCUGAGCUUCUUCCAGAAGAGCCCCAAAGCACUCACUGCCAAUCCCCUUACCUAAACUACAAGUACAGGCAAUACCAUGAAAAACGGUUGAUGCCGGCAUUAUUAUAUCUUGUGCCAAAAGUGAAAAAACUGUCAUGAAGACAAAUGUAAGAGUCUAAAGGGGAGGCAUGGAAGCAUAUGCCCAUAAUGGAAUACUGGAAGUGAGUGGUCAACAAUAUGUCCGAAGGCUGUGGAAAUCACUGCCUAUCAUGAGUUCACUAUAGAUUGAUACUUUGCUAUCAUUUGCCAAUACUAGAAGUUGAGUUUUCAAAUAUUGACAAUUGAUCAUCUGCCAAAGUGAUCAACCCUUGAUCAAGUAAACUACUUUCUAAAAUGUUCAAGACAAUUUGUCAGACUGGUAAGUUGAUUGAAUGGACAGCCAUUAGGUUGGGUUCAUCGAUGGAUCCAGUCUACUAAAGGAUUUCUUAUGCAGUUGUGUGAUGAUUAUAUAACAGUGAUAUGCAAAGAUGGUUGGUUGGUUGCGGUACGUAGGUAGGUAUGAAUCUCUGGCUUUAUGUUAAGUGCAUUCUCUGAGCCUACAAGCCCUUGUCAUUGUACAAGACAAUGAAAAUCUAUAUAUUUUUUGUUUGUAUCCAAAUCUUCCUAACCCUACUCACCCUAAGGUUUAGCUAGUCUGAGGGUAUUAUAGUUGGCACAUUGAAACCAAGUGGAAAUAUAAAAAUACCUGGAAACUUACUGUAUGUAGAAAGAUUACCAAAACUUGUUUUUGCUUCAGUUAAAGGAUAAGCAUGCUUCACUUUGCAUGGGCCUAUAAGUAUAAAGAAUUCUCUAAAUAUGUUAGACAUAAAUUUAUUACACAUCAACACUUUCGUCCUUUGUUUAAUACUUGGAAAAGUAAAUAUAAUUCAAGGGAAUAAUUAAAUCCAAAAUUACAAUUUAGAUUUUUUUUUUCAUGGUAUUUAUAUAUUGAUGAUCUAUCUUUAGAUUAGACUUUCAAUAUGAAUUUGGUGGGGAUCUGACUACUGGCACCCUGUUAAUCAGCUUAUUGAAGGGGCCAUGGUGCUACAUCGAGCCCUCUGGUCUCUUCAUUUAUCACUUUAAUUUUUUACUCAUACUUCAGCUUUUUGCAGCUCAGUCUAAUUCACGUGAAUGGGACUUUAUCAGGCACUAUGUCUGUAUGAGCUUCAAUAAGCUCUCAAUCAGGUAAUAUGUAAAGCUGCCAAAUGUUGGGUGUAACAUAAUAAUGGUGGCUUGUCUCAAGGAAAGACCCUCAAUAUUAAAGUUCUGGAAAACACAUUUAAUUUAGAAUCUUUCAUUUAUAUUUUAAAUAAAUGCACCUUUUCAGUUUUUGCUGCACUGCAUUUAAAAUUUAAAAUUUACUGGGGAAAAAAAAACAGCUAAGACUAGUUCUUAUCAAAUGAGUUUCCAUGAACAUAGCCAAGGAAGAAUAAAAACUUAAGGGUACAUCUAGAUCCUCAUAGCUCAAUUGUUUGUUCCACUGACCUAAUUUUCUUCAUGAUUUACACUAAUUGAAAGUUAUCUAUGUCUGCCAUGUUAUAGAUACAAAGGAGGAGCUUGGUCACCAGUCAUAGUUUGCACUGAAAUGCUAGCUCAUAUAACUUACCCCCUACCCUCUCACACAGAAUAGAAAGUUUACAUGCAACAGUGCUGAGGCUGCUGUAAUCACAGGACUAUUAACUAGCAAGUUCUCUGUAUUACUGCGCCAAGACCUGAUACUCAGAUUCUUAAAUAGGACUG